CCACCGGUAUCGUUGGUUCUCCUACCUUCCAACUACUCACCAUUAAAACCCCUGGACAGAGAAACUAUGUACUGGUCAAAUAAAUAAGAACUGUCAUUCAAAUCUCAAUUCUUUACAGCUCGACAAAUCAAAUUCAAACUAGGGUUAGGCAAUUUAAUCAAUAAACUAACUACCCAUUUUCUCCAUUGUCUCUAAAACAAAAAAGAGAGAUUGGAUUGAGAUUCAAUUUGUGUGGAGAAAUAUGAAGGUCACUGUGGUUUCUCGAAGUGGUAGAGAAAUCAUCAAGGGUGGAAUUCAACUCAAUGAUUCGGCUACUGUGAGUGAUCUACAGGAAGCUAUUCAUGCUAGAACAAAAAAGUACUAUCCUUCGAGACAACGUCUCACUCUGCCCCUCAAUCCUGGAUCCAAGGACAAACCUACUGUCCUCAACUCCAAGACGAGUUUAUGUGAUUACUGUGAUGCUAAGAAGGAUAACCUGACAGUGGUGUUCAAGGAUCUUGGUCCACAGGUUUCAUACCAAAUACUUUUCUUCUGGGAAUACGUCGGCCCUCUAGUUAUCUAUCCUCUCUUUUACUACUUACCAGUGUACAAGUUCUUAGGCUACAAAGAGGAGCGUGUAAUUCGCCCAGUCCAGACCUACGCCAUGUAUUACUGGUGUUUCCACUACUUCAAACGUAUUAUGGAAACAUUCUUCAUUCACAGAUUUAGCCAUGCAACUUCUCCCAUUUCGAAUGUCUUUAGGAACUGCGCAUACUAUUGGUCAUUUGGUGCCUUCAUAGCAUACUAUGUGAAUCACCCACUUUACACCCCAGUCAGCGACCUCCAAAUGAAGAUAGGCUUUGGGUUUGGUAUAAUUUGUCAAGUUUCUAACUUAUACUGCCAUCUCUUACUAAGGAAUCUUCGAAGCCCCAGCGGUAAUGGAGGAUACCAAAUCCCAUAUGGAUUUUUGUUCAACAUAGUGACUUGUGCAAAUUACACAACUGAGAUCUACCAGUGGCUGGGUUUCAACAUUGCAACACAGACUGUUGCAGGUUAUGUAUUCCUUGUGGUCGCUGCUUCCAUCAUGUCUAACUGGGCACUUGCAAAGCACCGACGUCUGAGAAGGUUAUUUGAUGGCAAGGAGGGAAGGCCAAAAUAUCCUCGAAGAUGGGUUAUUCUUCCUCCAUUCCUCUGAAAAUUUCAGUGAGACACCUGCCUCCAGUGAGUCCAGUCGAUAUCCAGCUGCAAAGUAAGAUUAGUGAAUUCUCAGUACUCGUUGAAUAUAAACUAUUCACGUUAAUUUAGUCUAUUCACGUGUCUGUACCACCUUAAUCAUGUCUCGCCAAAUUUCUUGUUAAUUUGAAUCAGAUCAGAUCCUGUAGGUUUUACAGAAAAGUUAGACCUUCAGUUUUCUUUUAUUUAUUUUUAAUGACAAAUGUGGAACUAGCGAGUUCAUCUAAUUCAUGUAAUUUAUUGUACUUGAGCUAUUUUGAAGGUUCCUUUGAUGAUGAGAUUCAUUUUCAUAUAAAAGAGGUAAAAAUUCAAUCC